AUGUAUUAUGCAGCUGCAGAGCAUUGUUUUGCAUGUAAUAUUCCUCAUCUUGACAACCGUAAAAAUGAACUUCAAUUCAUCAAUCAAGCCGUGGAUAUAGGUGCCUUGGUCCACGGGCUACAGUGGAGAGACUUGGGCGUAGUCCUUGGUCACUGGGCCAACGGGAAACCAAUCUGCCUGUCACUGCCACAGUGCCACACCCCCAACAUGUCCGCCCUGUGGCUCAGCCCUCUAAAAAUAACCCUGCGCCGCAAAGGGACUAAUAUCACUAGUUGUAUCGAAGAAUUUUAUCUUUUACGCUUGAGAUUCGGGAAAAUUCCCUAUUUGUUUCAACAUAAUCAUAUCUUCUUCCUUUCCAGUGUCUUAGGCAUCAGUAUUUUUCAUGGUUAUAUCAGGGACAACCUUAUAGCUCCUUAUCAACAAAAAAGUUCGUCAUACCAUGCAGUAGCAGGUGCUCUAUUUGUUGAACUGGUGGAUGUUCCAGAAGAAUGUCUUGUGGCUGAAGGCGGUGCAACGUGGCAGAAUUCUUAUCGCUGUGGCGGGGUCUGCAACAUUUUGAUCGGAGAUGCAUACAUGCACCUGUCACAGUGCUUGUUCAAUCACCAAGCAGCUUCUCAACAGACAACGAUCGCAAUGACCGCCUCCGAGUCCCCUUCAGCUGAGCACAAAGUCAAUGUCCUCUUUGUCUGCCUGGGGAAUAUUUGCCGCUCCACCAUGGCAGAAGGAGUCUUCCGCAACAUGGCAAGCACCCAUCCAUUGAUCAACGAGAUCGAUUCCGCAGGCACAGGAGCCUAUCACACACUCGAGCCCCCCGAUUCCCGCACCAUGUCCACCCUCCGCCGCCACGGCAUCACAAACUACAACCACGCGGCGCGGAAGAUUACCAAGGAUGACUUCUUGCACUUUGACUACCUCCUCGCGAUGGAUAAAUACAACCUGCGGGAUCUGCUGGAUGUGCGCGAAUCGGUUGUUGCUUCGUUGCGAAAGUCUGGAGGUGCCAAGGGUCCUCGGGCGUCGAGCGGAGGUGCCGGCGCGAAAGUUGCGGAGGUGAGGUUGUUUGGUGAUUUUGGGCCGGGCGGUGUUCUCCACGACCGAGUAGGUGGUGGUGAGGUUGUGCAGGAUCCUUAUUACGGUGGUGUUAAUGGGUUCGAGGAGGUUUAUCAGCAAGUUGUGCGGUUUUCCAAGUCGUUUUUAGAGUACUUGGAGAAGAAGCAGGGCUCUGAGGUUGAGGAGUGA